AAGCUCAGCGAAACUCAGUGCAGCACCAUUCAUAAUGUGCUGCAUCUGUCCACCCGCAAUCCAGGCCAUUUUCUGUCUGUGGGUACAGAGUGGGUUCAGCCARGGAACCGUAGCUGGGGCUCUGACGUUUUUUCCACCGGAUCCACCCCUCUAUCGAUUCGAGCGGCUCGAUAAGGACGGAAAUCCCCUGCCAGAAGAAGACGAUGGUGACAACGACGAGAACCAGAACCCAGAGAAUUCUUCUUUGGCGAAUCGCAACGACAACGCUGAGGGUGUAGAAGUAGUGACAGAUGGAGCCUACCAGGCACGGGAAGGACAAACAAAGAAAAAGGUGCGCUCCCCCGCCCAGCAAUUUACGGACCAGGCCAAGGCCCUGCGAAAACGGGGCAAGCUUCGAAAUGCUCGUGACACCCACGACGCGUCCAACGGGGUCACAUACAAACUGGUGCUGGAUCCUCGGUUGUCUCCCCCGCGCAUUGACAAUGGGGGGACGGUGGAAGCCAUCAAGAUUCCCACCGGGAAGGGCAUUUCGUUCUCCGAACAAGGAAAGGCGAAUUCAACUGGAAACGAAAACGAAACCACAGCCAAGAGCUCCACCACCAGCAGAAGCAAAAGCAGUAGCGACAACAAAGAAACUCACCAAAACAGGUCGCACUGCGCCGCUAUCGUCUACCGAGUUCCGAGUUCCAAGGCGCACACCAAUUCGGAGGGUAGAAAGACCAUGACAAUUAUCUACAGCCACGGGAAUGCCACYGAUAUUGGAGCCAUGUACCCUUUACAGGUGAUACUUUCUAACUCUCUUGAGUGCAACGUCGUCUCUUACGACUACUCGGGCUACGGCGCAUCGGGGGGCGUUGCGAUGGAGGCCAACACCUACACAGACAUUGCGGCGGUCUACGAGUGGACCCUCCACAACGUGUGCGGGGGAGACGAGUCGAGGAUUAUCUUGUAUGGCCAGUCGGUCGGGAGCGGUCCGUGCUGCCAUCUUGCUAGGCAUGUGGACGGUCUGGCCGGGAUGGUAUUGCACUCUCCCUUUAUGAGCGGUAUGCGGGUCCUCACACCGAGUCGGUAAGUUUGGAUUGGAACUGGACGGCAUUGGAUUUCCCUUUCGCCAUUUGUUUUGMUUGGCGUUGCGUUUUGUUCUUUUGGAUGGAAUACUAAAUUCGUCUACACAGUGCUCGAUCCUAUUGUAGCUUACAAAAUAAUGUUUGUACUGUUUUUUUCAUUUUUGUGUGGUCGCUUGCUUGGCUUGGUUUGCUUUCGUACCAUUUCGCACUGCAUCGCUGCUUUGUUCGCUAUCGUACUGGGUCUGUGGAUCCGGGUUGACGCCGCAGAGCGCUCGCCUGCCUAGACAUCUACCCCAAUAUCGAUCGCGUGGCCAAGACCAAGUGCCCCGUCAUGGUUAUCCAUGGACGGUUGGACGAGGAGGUCGACGUCGGGCACGGGAUUGCCAUGCAUGCGGCGGUUCCCGACCAUCUCAAGAGGGAUCCAUGGUGGGUCCCCGAUCGGGGGCACAACGAUAUCACAGAGGGACCUGGAAAGCUGGCGGAGUAUGUGGGACGGCUCAGGGAAUUUUUGGCAUCGCUGGACUGAAUAUUACAUCUUCUUACUGUAUCAUAAACUAUUUAAAGCUUU